AUGCAUAAAAAGUUGUACCAUUUACAAGAAAAAUUAGAAGAACAAGAUCUACCCGAAUACUUAUCAUUUCUUCCACCAGAACUACGUAAUUGUGAUACAAAACUUGAUAAAUUAUACACUGACCACAUUCUACCAAUAAUAAGUAAUGAUACUUCUCUCCUUCCAUUAUUACAUUCAUAUACAAAUAUACCUCUUGAAUGUGAUCUAGACGAAAUUGAAUUAUUACUAGAAAAUUAUAAUUCAGUUACAUCUCCAUUUUUUGAAACUGGUACCAAACAAAAUUACAGUAGUGGAUUUAAAACAGCAUCAGAAAAACAACUUACAGGAUUAAAACAAAAUGAUGCGAAAAAGUCUAGUGGUGAAAUAGAUCCUGAAUCAAAUAUAGAAAAUAAUAUUUUAGAAAGAAUUAAAAGUGAAAUCUUAGAAAAUGUUAAUAAUAUUACAUGGGAUGAUGUAGUUGGAUUAGAUAAUGUUAAAAAAAUAAUUAAUGAAAUAGUAUUAUGGCCAAUGCAGCGACCAGAUUUAUUUACUGGGCUCAGAGGACCACCUAAGGGAUUAAUGUUAUUUGGUCCGCCAGGUACUGGUAAAACUAUGAUUGGAAAAUGUAUAGCAAGUCAAUGUAAUGCUACUUUUUUUAGUAUAAGUGCAAGUUCAUUAACAAGUAAGUGGGUUGGUGAAGGUGAAAAAAUGGUUAGAGCACUGUUUUACUUAGGGCGGAAAAUGCAGCCUAGUGUCAUUUUUAUUGACGAAAUUGAUAGUUUGUUAAGUCAAAGAUCAGAAAAUGAAAAUGAAGGAAGUAGAAGAAUCAAAACAGAAUUUUUAGUACAAUUUGAUGGAACUGCAACAUCUAAUGAUGAUAAAAUACUUGUUAUAGGAGCGACAAACAGACCGCAUGAAAUUGACGAGGCAGCUGUGCGUCGCCUUGUAAAACGAGUUUAUGUAUCACUGCCAGAUGAAAAUGCAAGAAUAAAAAUGGUAAAAAAUUUAGUGACAAACUAUAAAAAUAAUUUGUCUGCUAACGACCUUACAAAAAUCAGUCAACUUACAGAAGGAUAUUCUGGUUCAGAUAUAUUUAAUUUAUGUAGAGAGGCAUCACUUGAACCUUUUAGAGAAAUUGAAGAUAUAAAAAAAUUUAAAACUGAAAAUGCUAGAGAAAUUAAUGUUGAAGAUUUUGUAAAGGCUGUUUCACAGAUCAAAAAAAGCGUAAGUAGUCGUGAUCUGCAUUUAUAUGAAGAAUGGAAUGGAACUUAUGGAUCGAAAUAA